AUGCCUCUUAAAACAUUCACAACUUCCCAAUUUGGCACUGUGGUCGCCCAGCCGCUAACUCCGGAAUCGUUUCAUCCAUACGGUGGAGUCAUCAGUGCCGAUCACCAGAUCAAGACCGUAGCCUCUUCUGGAGCAAACUAUGGAACAGCUGUGAAGAUCCAUAAAGUGGCUCCAAUCGUGAACAAUUAUGCCAGCUGUCCCAGUAGGAAACCUGCAACAGCGAACUGGAACAUUUUCAGAUGCUCGGCUCCAAAACAUUUGAUUGCACCAACUUCUGUCAGCUCGAAGUCCUAUACGUCCAAAGUGCUCGAGAGACAUCCAUUUUCCACACAAACAUUUAUUCCCAUGGGCCAGAACUUGGAGAAAGUGUCAUUUUUGGUGAUUGUGGCAUCUACAGACGAGUCAACGUCCCAGAAAUUGCCAGACCCAUCGCUGGUCAAGGCAUUUAUCUGCAAAGGUAACCAAUCCGUCACCUACGGAGCAGGAACAUGGCAUGCACCCAUGGUGGUCAUCGAUGAGACCAUCCCAUAUAUAGAUUUUGCAGUUUUCAUCCAUGAAAAUGGCGUUGCAGACGAAGAUUGUCAGGAGUGUUACUUUGAGCCUGGAUACACUGUUUCGUAUCCUGAUCCAGUCACCUCGAAAUUAUAG